AUGCACCAAGGUGGCGGGUCCACCACCAAAAACAACUAUUCCCAGAGGAGCCCUGGGUCAUCAAACCAACAUAAAAACCACUCUCACGGGUUCCAACCAGGACGGGGCGCUCCUAUGGAUAUUGGCGCGGUCUAUGGCGGACAAAAGCGCAGAUUCACCUGCUUCAGCUGUGGGCAGGAGGGGCACAUGGCCCGAGAUUGGUGCCAGGUGCGCCAAUUAGAAACUGAAAAACUGGACAAUCGGCUCAAUACUCUGGCCGGUCACUCAUAUGACAAAAUUUGGGCCUUCUUUUCCGACCAGCAGGUCAACAAAAUGAAGGCUCAGGGAAAAGAAUUCGGAGCUUAG